AUGGCCUCCAAGAUCAAGGACGCCCUACCCUCUCACAUGAAGUCCAAUGGCGCCGACGCCAGCGAGCGUCACCAUGGCAAGUCGCAGUCCCAUGUGGUAUGUAUGAAACACCUCCUUUUUGUCCAAGCCCCCGGAGGAGCAGCAGAGCAGAGCAGCAGCCUCAGCAGUAGCGGCGGAUAUGGAUCAAGCAGUAUACAAGGGCAUCGCGAGCAGACACACUGCCUCGCUGGCAAUGGCCAGCGACUCGAAUUUCGACGUUUCGAAGCAAACAUGCAGCCGCAGCGGCGAACUCCUGCAGCCGCCUUCCUCCACGAUCGUCCUUGCAAAAUUCUGCAGCCAGCUCCCAUGCGUCGUCACGUGGCGGAGCCCAACACCAUCCUCUCGCGCUUCACACUUGCCAUGCAUGAUGUUGCGUGCAACGGCCAACCACUCACUGCAAUCUCUACUACGACGAAAUCAUCCGUCACCAACUUUCGUCCAUUCCUACACCUCGACCCGCCGAACUUCGAACGACAUGGGCAGGACUGCACGACCCAGAUCCGCUAUUCUUACCAGUGCCGCAAUGCUACAUGUUUCAUAGAGGCUGACAUGAGAUCAAUUAGGCUUUCGAAAACACCUCGACCUCCGUCGCUGCAUCCCAGAUGCGCAACGCCCUCAACAACUUGGCGGACGGCGUCAAGGACCCCAGCGAGAAGAAGGUGAGCAGAGGAGCGUUCAAGAGCUAGGAAGCAGAGGAUCUGACAAUUCGCAGCGUUUCGAGACUGAGAUGGACAACUUCUUCGCCCUCUUCCGUCGGUACUUGAACGACAAGGCCAAGGGCAACGAGAUCGAGUGGUCCCGCAUCUCCCCACCAAAGCCAGACCAGGUCGUCGACUACAACAGCCUGAGCAACACCGAGUCUGUCGAGUUCCUCAGCAAGCUCGCCGUUCUCAAGCUCAACGGCGGUCUCGGUACCUCCAUGGGAUGCGUUGGCCCCAAGUCCGUCAUCGAGGUCCGUGAGGGCAUGUCCUUCCUCGACCUCUCCGUCCGUCAGAUCGAAUUCCUCAACCGCACCUACGACGUCAACGUCCCGUUCGUGCUAAUGAACUCGUUCAACACGGACGCCGACACCGCCAACAUCAUCAAGAAAUACGAGGGUCACAACAUCGACAUUAUGACCUUCAACCAGUCCCGCUACCCACGUAUCCUCAAGGACUCGCUCCUCCCAGCCCCCAAGUCCUACGACUCGCAGAUCUCCGACUGGUACCCACCAGGCCACGGUGACGUGUUUGAGUCGCUCUACAACUCCGGCAUCCUCGACAAGCUGCUUGACCGCGGCAUCGAGAUCCUCUUCCUCUCCAACGCCGACAACCUGGGAGCCGUCGUCGACCUGAACAUCCUGCAGCACAUGGUGGAGACACGAGCAGAGUACAUCAUGGAGUUGACGGACAAGACCAAGGCUGAUGUCAAGGGUGGUACCAUCAUCGAUUACGAGGGACAGGCUCGUCUUCUGGAGAUUGCCCAGGUGCCAAAGCAGUACGUCAACGAGUUCAAGUCGAUCAAGAAGUUCAAGUACUUCAACACCAACAACAUCUGGAUGAACCUGCGUGCCGUCAAGCGCAUUGUUGAGAACAAUGAGCUCGCCAUGGAGAUCAUCCCCAACGGCAAGAGCAUCCCAGCCGACAAGAAGGGCGAGGCGGACGUUAGCAUCAUCCAGCUCGAGACCGCCGUCGGUGCGGCCAUUCGCCACUUUAACAACGCGCACGGUGUCAACGUCCCACGUCGUCGCUUCUUGCCAGUCAAGACCUGCUCCGACCUCAUGCUCGUCAAGUCGGAUCUCUACACGCUGAAGCACGGCCAGCUCAUCAUGGACCCCAACCGCUUCGGUCCAGCCCCGCUCAUCAAGCUGGGCAGCGAUUUCAAGAAGGUCUCCAACUUCCAGUCUCGCAUUCCAUCGAUCCCCAAGAUCCUGGAGCUUGACCACCUCACCAUCACCGGUGCCGUCAACCUCGGCCGUGGCGUCGUCAUGAAGGGCACUGUCAUCAUCGUCGCAACCGAGGGCCAGACGAUCGACGUCCCACCAGGUUCCGUCCUCGAGAACGUCGUGGUGCAGGGAAGCUUGAGACUGCUCGAGCACUAG